UCACCUCCAAGACUUGCCUAGUUUACUUUAUUUCGCGUUAACGGAUAUAAUCGUAUUGGCUUAAACUUUGUCAUAUAGUAAAUAAUCCAUUCAAUUAUGUACUUUUAUCAGAAAGUUAUUAAUGAAGAGUUUUCAAGAUUCAUUUGACUCUAACAGUUUUUGAUCGUUAUAAGGAGUCCUUUGUUAGGAAACCCCAUUGAAUGGAAAAUAUCGUUGACCUUCGUUUCUUUAUACGCUGUUUUAUCGCUUCCUAAACCAUGGGUAUCGGCUAUGGCGCCUCAGACGAACAGCUGGAGAAGCAGAUCGGCUGCGUAAAGUACACGCUUUUCUGUUUCAACAUCGUGGCAUGGAUGAUAGCGACGGCGCUGUUUGCCCUGACGGUCUGGCUGAGGGCUGAGCCCGGCUUCAACGACUGGCUGCGCAUCCUGGAGGCGCAGUCCUUCUACAUCGGCGUCUACGUCCUCAUCGGCAUCAGCAUCGUGAUGAUGGCGGUCAGCUUCCUCGGCUGCCUGAGUGCGUUGAUGGAGAACACCCUGGCCCUGUUCGUGUUCGUGGGCACCCAGGUGUUCGGGUUCAUUGCCACGGUGGCCGGAUCGGCGGUUCUCAUGCAGUUCAGCACCAUAAACUCCAGCCUGCAGCCGCUGCUGAAUGUGUCGCUGCGCGGCUUUGUGGCCACCUCCGAGUACACCUACUCCAACUACGUGCUGACCAUGAUUCAGGAGAACAUCGGCUGCUGCGGGGCCACCGGGCCGUGGGACUACCUCGACCUGCGACAGCCACUGCCGAGCUCCUGCCGCGACACCGUCAGCGGCAACGCCUUCUUCAACGGCUGCGUGGACGAGCUGACCUGGUUCUUUGAGGGCAAGGCCAGCUGGAUAGUGGCCCUGGCCAUGACUCUCGGCCUGCUCAACGUUAUCUGCGCCGUGAUGAGCUUCGUCCUCGUGCAGGCGGUCAAGAAGGAGGAGGAGCAGGCCAAAAACUACCGCCGCUGAAAAUGCCCAGCCUAGUUAACUUAGUUAGUAGCGACAAUCGACCCUGCGAUAGAUCUAAGAAUUCAUACCCAGUUCGAACAAUAAGUACAAUAAAGAUUGCGACCCCUACAAGGAAA